AUGGCAGCAAUUGGCCGGCGCAUUCCUCUCGUCUUGACAGUUCUCCUCCUCUUUCUGCUUUUUACUGCGUUCUUUCUUACACAUCCACCAUAUCACUUUCAUCAAAGCACGAUAAAUACAUGGUUAGGUCCUAGUGUUGCCAUUGUCCUAGUAGUGGAUAAGAAUGACACAUCUUCUGUCGUGACAAGAGAGGAGACCAUAGAGAAUAAACGCAAAUAUGCGGAAAAGUUUGAGUAUGUGCUUGUGGUGAAAAAUAUGAAGGAACAAGCGAGGGCACCGACAUGGGCAAAAAUACCAGCGUUACUUGAGACGAUGGAAGAGUAUCCAUCUGUAGAUUGGCUAUGGUGGAUUGAUGCGUCUGCUAUGAUCACAAACUCUUCAUUACCGAUCACCACAAACAUCCUUCGCCACAUCGACUCCACUCAUUACGACGAUCGACAGCUACUCAUAGGAUACGACUGCUUCGGUAUAAACACCGGGUCUUUUCUAAUUCGUAAUUCAGCGUGGUCUAAAAAAUUCCUACGAACAGUUUAUGGUCCGAAAUUUUUGGAAUAUGAUAAUGAAGAAAGUGUGAUGCAGAAAUUGAUCGAUGAUGAAGCGAUCGAGGUUGCGGAAAAAGUGUUUUUUGUACCAUUACGAACGUUAAAUUCAUUACCACCAACCAUGUGCGAUAAAAAAGUCAAAAAUGUCGAUCGUUAUACAUGGCACAAGGGAGAUUUCGUGAUCAAUCUAUCCGGAUGUGGCGGAAAAUCAGGAUUAGACU